AUGAAUCUUAACCUGUUAUGCUGCUCGUUUUGUUCAAGGGGGUCUGACUCGCAUGAGCACUUGUUUUUUGAGUGUGAUGAAGCCAAGAAUAUUUGGUAUGGGGUUCGGGAAAAAGCUGGCAUGGGCGCUAUUCAGAAUUCAUGGAAUGACAUCUUUGAAUAUCUAUUAAGUAUAGCUAACUCAAAAAAGGCGGCAAAUGUCAUUGUGAAGCUGGUUGUUGGUGCAACAGUCUACUUUGUUUGGGAGGAACGGAAUAGAAGAUUAUUCACACCGAAAAGGAGAACGAAAGAACAGCUUAUCGAGGUCGUUUUGUUUACGGUCCGAAUGAAGCUACACACUAUGAGGUUUCGGUAUUCUGUCCACACGGAGCAUGUCUUGCAGGAGUGGAGCUUACCUCGAGGGUUGCUUGUUGCGGAUGAUGACUGCGGCUGA